AUGCAGAACUAGCUCAGAUCUUUAAGAAAAUGUAAAUCAAUGAGAAAUGUUAAUCAUGAAUCUAUGAUUGAGUCAAUCAAUAGUCCUAGAGAUUAAGAUAUCAGUUUAUUCAAUUUAGUUGAAAUUAAAAGGUUUUGCGAUUUAUUGUAAAUAUAAAGAUAAAAGGAUAAAGCAUUGAAAUAAUAAUAAAAGAGAGAACAUCUAAGAAUAUUGUUAGCAAAGAAAUUUAGAUUGAUUUAUAAUGUAAUGAGAUUAUUACAUCAUCAUGAAAGAGUAAUUUUAGAAAGACAUGAUGAAGGACUCAAGAAGAAAUCUGCUUUUCUUAUCUUUCCAGUAAACUUUGCAUUUAACUAGGGCGAUCCAUCUAGAAGAUUUUGGGAUAUUAUAUUAUUGAUUACCUAUCUCUAAACAGCAAUUUAUUUACCUUUAAGAAUAGCAUUCAUGGAUAAAGGGUCAUCAGGAGUUUAUGAAUUAGACUUAAUAAACGACAUUAUCUAUUGUAUUGAGUAUCUAUCAAUUUAUAUAGUUACAGACAUACUUUGUAUAAUGAGAUCUUGUUACUAUAAUAGAUAAAACGUAUUAGUUCAAAAUUAAUGGUUUAUAUUUUUAAAUUACUUGAAAGGUUGGUUGAUUCCUGACAUUAUAACACUUAUUCCCUUUGAUUCUAUUUAUCAGUAAGUAAUUGUAAAAUAGUUAGUUUACAUGUUUAAUAUCAUAAAUUUCCAAGACUCUUAAGAGUAUUUCGAAUCAACCGUAUUUUUAAAGUGUCCACUUUUCAUUAAAAAAAAAAGUAAUUAUUUAAUAUUAAUAGUUUUUGUUAUUAGUAAUUGGGAAAAUAUUUUUAAUAUAUUUAACUCUUAUUAAUUAAACAUUAUGAAGAUUAUAGUGAAAUUCAUUUAUGGUUUACAUUUAUUUUCUUGUCUUUGGUAUCUAGCAUCAAAUAUCAAUGAUGAACAAUACUUGGUAGAUCAAGAUUACAAAGGACUAAUCAAUUAAAAUUCACAAUAUAUCUAAUGUUUAUUUUGGGCUUUACAAACUAUUUCAACUAUAGGUUAUGGAAAUGAUGCAGCUAAAAAUUAUGCUUAAUAUAUUGUAGCUAUAUUAUGGAUGUUUUUGGGUGCAUCAUUUUAUUGUGUAAUAUUGCUUAAUCUUUCAGAAUGGUUGAAAAAAUUAAAUUCAGAAUGUGUUUAUGUUGAAAUGUAAAAUACUUUGAAAUUAUUUUUCAAAAAGAUUGAAGUCAUUAAAGAAGUGCAAACUAAAGUUUAAUUGUAUUUAGCAUUAAACAUUAAAUAAAAUUAAGCAUGGUCUCUUAGUUUAUAAGAAUGGUUUUAACAUUUACCAAUUAUUAGGCAAAAGGAAAUUACUCUUUAUGUCUCAUAUAUAGAAAUUAUGUAAAUACAUUUUUUUAGACUAAAUCUUAACUUUUCUGUAUCCAUUUUGCCAAAGAUGAUGUUAAUGAAAACUUAAUAAAAUUGUAAAAUUUGGAUUAAAGAUGAAGUAGUUAAUGAAAUUUAUUUUCUAAUUAGAGGUAAAUUAUAAUAUAGAACUCAAUUUGGAAAAGUAUUGUUACAAAUAGAUGAAGGAUCAGUAUUUGGUGAGUAAGAAUAUUUUAAAAAACUCAAGUUUUCAAAAUAACACACUAGAAAAAAUUAUGCUGUUGCUAUUGAAUUAUGUGAAUAUAUCAUUUUAAAUGGAGAUUAUUUCUUUUAAUAAAUGAGUUCAUUUCCAGCUCUACGUUAAUAUUUAGCAAUAGUUGCUCAUAAUAGAGAACAUAGAAUGAAAUCAUAAAUUAUCUAUAAUAGAUUUGAAAGGGAAAGAGAGAUUAUGAAUACAUUAAAACUUGAAAAAAUAAAAGAAACAUGUAAUAUUGAUGUAACAAGAUAUAAAGGAAUGAUUAAACCAUUAAAAUCUAUAAUUUAUGAAACAUAGCAUUCACGAACAUAAUAAGUAUUAGAAUAGCUUAUUCAUAAUCGUAGAAAUAAAAUUGAUAAACUUAUGUAAUAAUUUAAAAAGGUUGUCUAAAUGAUAAUUUUUGCAAAUAAAUUAAUAGAGAAAUAAUCAUUAAAUUUUAGUAAAAUACAUCCAUUGAUGAUGUUUCAAUAAUAAUAAACAUAAACAACUUUGAAAACACAAUCAAAUGAAUCUAGAAUAUUUAUUUCACAAUAAUAAUAAUAAUUCAUUUAAUAAAAUUAUUAGAAUUAAAAUAUUAAGAAAAUUGAAAAAAGUAUAAUAAUUAAAAUGAAAUAAUUUAGUAAUGCAAGCUAUAGAAAACGUAAAUAAUAAAUUAGUAAUAAAAUAUGGAUUCAUAAUUAAAGUUAAAAAUAUAUCUUAUAAUAAAUGUUCAGAGUCAAAUAUUCACGACAUUAAAUUUAAAAUACUUACAGUUUUCAAGAUUAUGUCAUAGAAGUUGAUGAUUUUUCACAUUAUGAAAGAUAAUUGAAAAUUUUUAGAAAUAAUUUUCUAGAAAUUAAGAAUAUGAAAAAAUAACUAAAAAAAUAUAAAGAAUUAUUGAUAAUUUAAAUUGGUGAUUUAGAAAAUGAAUUACUUAAUGUGUAUAAUUAAAUUGAAAAACUAGAAUUAAAAAUGUGA